CGAGAGCGGGCACGAGCAGCGGGGACGUGCACUUUUUUUUUUUUUUUUUACUCCUCCGUACUUUCACUAAACUCUCCGGGCACAUUCAGACCGUUUCACCCGAGCCUCAGCUGAGCCUUUGGUGCGAGAAGUCGGAUUACGCGAACCGAGGACGCAUGGAACAAGGCCGCGACGCGUCCAGUUUUACGCGCAACAAGUUUAGCGCUCCACGGACACUUAGGAGGAUUAUUACCCGAGAGAUUUGCAGUGUUUUUGGGUGAUUCGGAGAAGCGUGUUCAGGUUCGGUCGCGUGAGAAGACCUUGAUCCGGGAAUUAAGCUGCUUUGCCCCGCCAGAUCAGCACCAUGAACACGGCGAUGUACGCGGUGAAGAAGCGGAAGAAGCCCGUUCAGAAAAUCCCCAAAGCCCCUCCCCCAGAAGGCGCCAAAUCCAACCCAUCCAAGCGCCACAGGGACCGGCUGAACGGAGAACUGGACAAACUGACCAGCCUGCUGCCCUUCAGUGAGGAGGUGCGCUCUCGCCUGGACAAACUCUCGGUGCUGCGACUCAGCGUGGGCUACCUCAAGGUCAAGAGCUUCUUCAACGCUACUCUGAAGAAGGGCCCCACAGCGGCGAGUGUGACCCCGGCCCUCACCUCUGCUCAGCCCCAGGUCUCCUCCAUCGACGGGGUGAGCUUCAGCGAGGGAGACCUGCUGCUACAGGCGCUGAACGGCUUCGUGCUGGUGGUGACGGCGGAGGGAUACAUCUUCUACACCUCGCCCACCAUACAGGACUUCCUGGGGUUCCAUCAGUCGGACGUGGUGCACCAGAGUGUGUUUGAACUCAUCCACACUGAGGACCGUGCGCUCUUCAGACAACAGCUGCACUUCGCCCUGGACCCCAACACCUCCUCAAAUGACCAGAGCUCGGCUGAGGUCAGCACUAACCUGGUGAGCUAUGACCCGAAGCUCAUUCCUCAGGAGAACACGUCCUUCCUGGAGCGUAACUUCUGUUGCCGCUUCCGCUGCCUCCUGGACAACUCCUCUGGCUUCCUGGCACUGAACUUUGUAGGGCGUCUGAAGUACCUGCAUGGGCAGAACCAGCGGGCAGAGGAUGGGACCCUGCAGCCCCCUCAGCUGGCCCUGUUUGCUGUGGUCACUCCCCUGCAGCCUCCAUCCAUCUUGGAGAUCCGAACUAAGACCCUGCUGUUCCAGACCAAGCACAAGCUGGACUUCACCCCUCUGGGCAUCGACGCCAGGGGGGAGGUGAUCCUGGGCUACACGGAGAUGGAGCUGUGUGCACCGGGCUCUGGGUACCACUUUGUCCACGCAGCAGACAUGAUGUACUGCGCAGACCAGCACUUGAGGAUGAUGAAGACCGGCGUCUCCGGUUUCACCAUCUUCCGCCUUCUGACCAAGAACAACUCCUGGAUGUGGGUCCAGUCAAAUGCCAGGCUGGUGUUUAAAGGAGGCAAACCUGACUUCGUCAUCGCCAAGAUGAAAGCCCUGACGAAUGAAGAGGGUGAGGAGCACCUGCGCCUGCGUCGGCUGCAGCUGCCCUUCAGCUGUGCAACAGGGGACGCUCUGCUGUAUGACCUGACCCCCAGCGUGGCACCUCCAGACCAAUGCUCUGCGCCCAAACAGAGGAAGACAGAGUACACUGUGACCCCCAGCUCCAUCCUGGGCAGCAUGCUGGGCCAGGACCAGUCCCUGUACUGCCCCCACAGCCCACCCAGCAUCAGCUCCAUGCACGACGUGGCCUUCAGUGACACCCACGCCACACUGAGCGUGCCUGGAGACCUGUGGCCCCAGGGCUCCAGCGCUGCACCAAGCGUCAUGAAGACAGAGUCCAAUAUGCAGGACAUGAUGGACACUCUGCAGCAGCUGCUGGGGGACAGCAGCUUGGUGGCCUCUCUGGGCGUGGAGCCAGAGGAACUGAGGAGCUGGGAGAGCACCCUCAUGUCCCUGAACAUGAACAGCACCGACCUCAACACUGCCCUCAGUAGAGACAUCCUGUCCUUUGUGGAGGAGCAGUUUCAGAAGGAGGGCUGCUUCACCUUCCUGGAUCAUAUGGGGGACGUCCCCAGGAGCAUGUCCACUUUGGACCUGCACACCCAAAGCCCUGACCAGGAGCUGCUGCAGGACCUGCAGUUACAGCUGGACUGUCUGAGUGACAUCCUACCCAAAACAGAGCUCGUGCCCCAGGCGGAGGCGCCGCAGGACACCCCCAGGCUGAGCCACAUGGACAACUCUGCUCUGAAGGGAGCAGUGCCUCUGUGCUACAGUUUUGGAGCAGAGAACCAGAACAACCACAGGGCGGUGGAACCAGGCUUCUCUCUGCAGUGCGCUCAGCCCCAGGGCUUUCUGAAACCUUGUGUGAACGAUAAUAGCAGAAUGAGCCAGUCCUCAGCGGAGCAGCUCCAGCCCAGACAGGCAACUCUUCCUCCCCCCCUGCACCACCCUGAACUGGGUGGUGCAUACACACAAACUCCCCUAAACCAGGGCUUCAACGGUUCAUGUCCUCAGUGGAACUACACUGUGCCUAAACAGACUGUCUCUAUGGAGCCCGGAGCAUUCAGCAGCAUUUCAGACCAAAGAUCUAACCCCCAUGUGUUAGCCUCAUCAGUACAGUGCCCUCCCGAGCACAGACCAGUCUGGCCCCAGGCACAGCCCCACCACAACUCCAUCUCCAACGGAUACCACCACAUGAACCACGGCCUUCAGGACAAGAGCCAGCCCUCCAGCUGCAUGUUCUCCAAGCCCUGUGUGAACGGAGUCCGCCUCAACUCAGAGCACCACCCGGAACCCUCCAGACCCUCCUGCCUGUACCAGGAGCACCAGGAUGUCCCUGAUCCCCCACUGUCCUUCAGCAUGGACACUCAGCUUCAACCAGUGCAGCCGUUUCUCUUCGGCCAGCAGACCAAGAUGAACUGUGCUGCCAUGGGCACCGGGACCUUCCCUCUGCCCUCUGUGCCCAACGGAGGAACAUACUGCUCGGACAACCAGUAGACCUGUCCUCUGUGGACUAAAGACAUGAGACCCUCCUCUGUGGACUAAAAGACAUGAGACCCUCCUCUGUGGACUAAAGGACAUGAGACCCUCCUCUGUGGACUAAAGGACAUGAGACCCUCCUCUGGACUAAAAGACAUGAGACCCUCCUCUGUGGACUAAAGGACAUGAGACCCUCCUCUGUGGACUAAAAGACAUGAGACCCUCCUCUGUGGACUAAAGGACAUGAGACCCUCCUCUGUGGACUAAAAGACAUGAGACCCUCCUCUGGACUAAAAGACAUGAGACCCUCCUCUGGACUAAAGGACAUGAGACCCUCCUCUGUGGACUAAAGGACAUGAGACCCUCCUCUGGACUAAA